AGUGCCUGGUGCAUGACAGGUGCUCAAUAAGUAUUUGUCGAGUGAAUGAAUGACUGUUCUUGAUAUUGUUAUUAAUAUACUUGGAGAAAUACCUCAUUGGAAGCCCUUAAGUCUUUCACUUUACAAGAGUUUAAAAGAUUUGUAGUUUUCUUAUGUUUAUAUGACUUGGGGAAAACAAAGGCGUUUUGGGACAAAAACAAUAAACAUUUGGAAGGUGGAAUGCCUUUCUUAUGUCGCCAGCCUUUCUGUCUCCACGGAGACACUUCCUCAGAACUGUAAAUUGGGAGUAUGUCCUUAUAAAGUCCGUCUUGUAAGCACAAGAAGGUGCCAUUUUUGUGCCAAACUGAAUGACAAGGGCAGGAUCAGAGAGAAGUAGCUGAGAUCUUAAGGGGGCACAUUGGAUACAGAGGCAUUGCAGGCAGGGGCCUGAGAGACUCUGCUACAAACGUGGCAAAUCCCUCCUGCCUGUCUUUGAUGCCUCCCACCCAGGUGGGGAGCUCACAGGUCACCCCUUCAUUUUCCCCAAGCAUGUCAGCACAACGGGGUGCACGGCACCAUCCCCCCUCCCUGUCUUUUCGCAGGUAUUUUUUUUUCUUUUCAAAAAUCCCUUCUCCUCUAUUUCUGCUAGCUGUAGUUCCCUGCUUUAAGGCCCAGCACAAAUGCAAACUUGCCUUUGAAGGCUUCCUGGGCCCUUGCAGUCAGCAUGGACUCUGGCUGUGGACUGUGCUCCGUGGUACAGUGAGCCCGGGCACAGUCAUACUCCGUAUCUAUGGGGAUUGGUUCCAGGACCCCUGUGGAUACCCAAAUCCACAGACGCUCAAGACCCUGACAUAAAGUGGCAUAGCACUUGCGUAUAACCUAUGUACUCCCUCCUGUAUGCUUUGAAUCAUCUCUAGAUUUCUUAUCAUACUGCAUACAAUGCAAAUGGUAUGUAAAUCUAUGUAAAUUGUUGUUACACUUGUUACACGGUAUUAUUUAGGGAAUGAGGGACAAAGAAAAAAGUCUGUACCUGUUCAGAACAGAUGCACCCAAGUAUUUUCAAUCAACCUGUGGCUGACCGAAUCCACAGAUGUGGAACCCACAGAUACAAAGGGCCAACUGUAUUUCUCAGUUUAGCUGUGAAUACACACACACACACACACACACACACACACACACACACACAGAAAUUAUAAGCUCAUUGAGGGCAAGGAUUGCAUUAUACUUUUCUGGUGUUUUCAGCACCUAGAAAAUGCCUGGGACACUGAAGGCACUCUUUGUAAUUAGAAUUGUCACAAAAUGAAUACCACCUUUAAAAAAAAAAUCAGAUAAAAGAUCAUUCUUGUAAAGGCCCUCCUGCUGGUUAUUUUCCUUUUUCUCCGCUUUGUGACAAUGUGGCAGCUGCUACAUUUGGUUGGGACCUUAUGAAGAGAAGCCACUUGUGCACCAAAGCCUCCUACCUCUCGCCGGCAGCGACAGUGAGCUCCUUUGUCCCGUGCUGCCUGCGUGUUCGGGUGCCCUGAGAGGCGUGUGCUCACCUGAUGCCUCGGUGUGCAGGCUGACCGGGACUGUCCUGGUCUAGUUUGGCAGAGCCGGAAGCAAGUUAAGCAACUCACAUAAGAUUAUUUUUCAAGGCAGAACUGGAUGUCAGCCUCUGGUUUUCUAAAAUCCUAGUCAGGGGUUCUAAGUACGAUAUUGCUUCUAUACCAUGCCAGUUCUUUAGCAGAAACAACACAGGUAUAAACCUCAGGACCCAAGAAGAGCAGUUAACACUGUGAGGCAAUCCAUUCAUGGUUAUUGCGGCUCUUUCUGCCACUGUUCUCAUCUGGGAGCAGGGACGAAUCCCAGUGCCGUUUGGCAAUUGAGCCUGCUUACCCACCUCUUUUCAGAACAUUUGUUAGUGAGACCAGCAAACACUUUCAGACGCUCUGAGUGAGCCCUUGAUAAGCAGGUUACUGAGGAUUGUAGACCUGGCAUCGGGGGCAUUACUGCCUUUGCCAGCAGAGGGGAUUAGGCAAAUGGGCAAAGGGCCUCGAGCCAGCCGGAUCUUGUGGGAGGGGUCGCUGAUGUCGCAGACGCUGGGCGUGGGGUCCCAGAGGAAGGAGAGCCGGCAUGAUCUUGGCAGCUUAGCUGUCCAUGGGCACCCCAGGCCAGAGAUGGUCCAUGUUGAGGAAAUAUGUGCUGUAGCUGAGAAGCCCUCAGCCAGCAUGACUCCAAAAUGAGAAAAGUCUGCCCAUGUGUAAUCACCUUUACAAAAAUCCUAGCUAUCUCAAGUUUUUAUAAAGACAUACUAAAAUGCUGUAUUUGUUAGGAUUCCUGAUGAUGUUGGGUAAACGACUCCUAGUUUCUGAGUGCGGCGGAGCGAAACAGUAGAGAGAUGUUGGACACUCCAGAGGAAAGAAAAGAUGCUGAAGAAUACCAGCCUCCGAUAUGGAAAUCGUACUUAUAUCAGUUACAGCAAGAGGCACCUCGUCCCAAGAGGAUCAUUUGUCCUCGGGAGGUGGAAAACAGACCAAAAUAUUAUGGAAGAGAGUUCCACGGGAUAAUCUCUCGGGAGCAGGCUGACGAGCUCCUUGGAGGUGUCGAGGGGGCCUAUAUCCUUCGGGAAAGCCAGCGGCAGCCGGGAUGCUACACGCUGGCCCUCAGGUUUGGAAACCAGACCUUAAACUACAGGCUCUUCCACGAUGGAAAACACUUUGUGGGAGAGAAGAGGUUUGAGUCGAUUCACGAUCUGGUGACAGAUGGCUUGAUAACGCUGUACAUAGAAACAAAAGCUGCCGAAUACAUCUCAAAAAUGACAACUAACCCCAUCUACGAACAUAUUGGAUAUGCCACUCUGCUCAGAGAAAAGGUAUCCAGGAGGCUGAGCAGGUCCAAAAACGAACCGAGAAAAGCAAAUGUGACAAAUGAAGAGCACACGUCAGUGGAAAAGAUCUCCUCCCUGGUUCGAAGGGCAGCCCUCACACACAAUGACAACCACUUCAACUAUGAGAAGACACACAACUUCAAGGUUCACACAUUCCGAGGCCCACACUGGUGUGAAUACUGUGCCAAUUUCAUGUGGGGGCUCAUCGCCCAAGGGGUCCGGUGCUCAGACUGUGGAUUGAAUGUACACAAACAGUGUUCCAAGCACGUCCCCAACGACUGCCAACCUGAUCUCAAGCGGAUCAAGAAAGUGUACUGUUGUGACCUCACAACACUCGUGAAGGCUCACAACACUCAGAGACCCAUGGUGGUGGAUAUAUGCAUUCGGGAAAUUGAAGCGAGAGGAUUGAAGUCAGAAGGCCUUUACAGAGUCUCUGGGUUCACUGAGCACAUUGAAGAUGUCAAAAUGGCCUUUGACAGAGAUGGUGAAAAAGCAGAUAUAUCUGCCAGCAUCUAUCCAGACAUAAACAUCAUCACUGGAGCCCUUAAACUGUAUUUCAGAGACUUGCCCAUCCCCCUCAUCACAUAUGAUACCUAUUCCAAAUUUAUAGAAGCAGCAAAAAUCUCCAAUGCAGAUGAGAGGCUGGAAGCAGUCCAUGAAGUGCUGCUGCUGCUGCCUCCUGCCCACUAUGAGACCCUCCGAUACCUGAUGAUCCACCUCAAAAAGGUGACUAUGAAUGAAAAGGACAAUUUAAUGAAUGCAGAGAAUCUGGGGAUCGUGUUCGGGCCCACCUUGAUGAGGCCCCCCGAGGACAGCACUCUGACCACCCUCCACGACAUGCGGUACCAAAAGCUGAUUGUGCAGAUUCUAAUAGAAAAUGAAGAUGUUUUGUUUUAGUCCAUCAGGGAAGUGAGCUGAAUAGCCCCAGCCCCGUCUAAGUGGAUAAAGCUUAAAGGUAUAAAAACAUUUCUUACACUUGAUUUGUUUUUCAAACAAGUGACAGAAUUUCCUGGACCACAGUGGAUCGCCGAGUCAGGUACUGUGUCUCAUAGACACGCGCCUUCUCCACUCGAGAACAACAGGAGUGAGGGUGCCCAGACCCCCUCACCUUGGGUCUUUUGCUGUGCCUCGUAUGUGUGUCUGUUUUGCUGGAAGAGUGAUUAAUAAAUCUUUCUUUUAACUUAUUAAAAAAAAAUGUAGACCUUUAAACUUCAGUCUUAUGAGUAACAAAAGGGAACUUAAUUCAUAAAGGUACUUGAUACAGGUAUACAUUUUCCACUUACAAAAAAAGAAGACAAUUCUAUCUGUUAAAUGUUAAAUGAAACUUAUAUUGUAAAAUGUAUUUUUAUUUUACCUGCAAGAAUGUUAUUUUAUUUUAGCAAAUAGAACUCAAUGCAGUGCAUUGAUUAUUACCCUGUGUACCUUGUCCCAUGUUCUUGCUGUGAUGCCCUAAAAAAGUUGACCAUGAAUGCAGUAUUAUCUUGACAUACCUCUGUCCUCAUCAGUGCUUUUCAGUGAAAUUUCACCUGCCACUUGUGUUCCUGCUUUUGAUAGUUCUUGCUCUUAAGCACUGGCAUUCUGCUAUUGCAUGGUGUAGUUUAUAGCAAUUGCAGGAUGGUCUGAAACAUCCAUAGGUUUUCUUUCCAUAAAAAUUGCGUGAAUUUCCAAAGUAUGUUUUGUAAUUGGUCAUAGUUUUUCCAUAUUAUGCGUAUCGCAGAAUGUGGUUGCUUUACAUAAAAUUAUUUGAGGACACUGGAUGUAUCUGAGCUGUGUAAAAAGUUAGCACUUUUCCUGUUUUCAUUUCAGCCAGACCCUCUGGAUUCACCUAUUAAUGGCAAGUUGCAUUUUUGCCAUAUGUCUGUAUUGAUAAACAGCAAAUCUGCAGAACAGUUGUUGAAUUUUUUUUUCCUUUUUGUUUUAUAAACAAGCCUAUUUUAAAAAAAAUGAAACUGAAAAAAGUUGGUUUUUUACCAAAUAUUUGUUCCUUGAGAAAAGUAUCUCUGUAUGGAUAAUAAUUUAAUAUGAUUUUAUUUCCAUAGUUCCAUCUUCUUGAUUAUAUUUAUCUUAGCAUGAACCCUUCACACCAAGAUUUCUAUAUUUUGUAACAUAAGCGAAAUAUUUAAAACAUCCAAAACUGUAAAUCUAGAUUUUUUUUUUAAUCCAACGACAAUGUCAUUUCCUCUGAUUGUCCAAGAUGAUUCAUAUAAUUGCUCACCAGUCUUGUUUCGAAGUGACCGUAAGGGAAUGGCUGUGUGUUAAGCGGAGCUGGCAGGAGGAGCAGAGUGCGGCUGCUGUCCCGGACGGUCCCAAGGGCCAUGCGGAUGGACUGCACUGCACACGGGGGUCAAAGUGGCUCGACCUGGUCCUUGCCAUUAUCCUCCCUCCCGACUGUACAGAUUUGUUCGUUGUAGCUUAUGUACUUCUUGAUACUGUCAAAAAAUUAUCUGGAAAUGGUUUUAUUUUGUGAAGUGAACAAUACUUUGUAAUUUAUGAUAGUGUAAAUGGAAGGAAAAGCAUUACAUGUAUUAUUAAAUUCUUCUGUCUAUCACUUUG